GAUGUCUCGCAAUGCAGCAUCCAGAGGAUGCUUCUGAUUAUUAACACAACGGAUGCAGCCCAUUCUGGAUUUUUUUUUUAUUUGGCAUUUUUUAAUGUUGACUUUUUUGUAGUUUUGUCUUGAAGUCUAGAGGAUGCAAGGCUGAGGAAAGAAAAGAAAAGAAAAAUAAAUAAAAGAGAGACAGACUGACAGAAGACGAAAAAUGUGUUUCUGUUACAUCUGCAUGGUUCCAAGCUGGAGCUGAAGGGGAGAAAGAGCCAGAGAGAGAGGCAGAGGGAGCGAGAGAGAGAAACAACAAAUUGCUCCCAAAAUUGCAGAUGUUGCAAAAAUCCAGAAAAAGAUGAUGUACAAAUGAGGCUUUUGAGAGGAUGGCUCGAUUCGGAGAUGAGCUGCCACCGGCCCGCUAUGGUGGAGGAGUUGGACCAGGGGGCGCCAGUGGGCGUGGUGGGGGCAGCCGACAGGGUGGUGGUGGCCCAUCUGGAGGGGGACCACCAGGGGGUGCCCAACGCAUGUACAAACAGUCAAUGGCCCAACGGGCUCGGACGAUGGCCCUCUACAAUCCCAUUCCAGUCCGCCAGAACUGCUUCACUGUCAACCGCUCCCUCUUCAUCUUUAGUGAGGACAACGUGGUGAGGAAAUAUGCCAAAAAGAUCACCGAAUGGCCUCCUUUUGAAUAUAUGAUUUUAGCAACCAUCAUUGCGAAUUGUAUAGUAUUAGCUCUUGAACAGCACCUCCCAGAUGAUGACAAGACACCCAUGUCAGAACGACUGGAUGACACAGAACCAUAUUUCAUUGGAAUCUUUUGCUUUGAGUCUGGAAUUAAAAUCCUUGCCCUUGGGUUUGCUUUUCACAAAGGUUCCUACUUACGAAAUGGAUGGAAUGUUAUGGAUUUUGUGGUGGUUCUCACAGGGUGA